AAGUGAAGUUAAAUAAACACUGAACGCAUGUGAGUAGAAGCAACAGUAAUUUUGUGCUCGUUUUGCUCCAGAUUCUAUUAUCAUUUAUUUAGAGUAAAUCUGCUUUUGUAACUAGAAUAAUAAUAAUAAUAAUGUCGAGACGCGCAUUGUAGUUUAGUAGUCCACACAGUGUGCGAGCAGCAGCUCGUUUGCAUUAGCCUGUGUUCAGAAAUCAUUUACAGGGCUAUAAAUCGCCCAUUUCGUCCUGGAAAUAUAAAAUGGAGUGGGAGACUCUUCCGUUUUUUAUAUCGGACCAUGAAGGUUUCCAUGGGACUAUUAAAAACUCGCCCAAAGACUUUGUGGUUACGGAGAUAGACACUCAUGGACAACUAGUUACAAAUCCCAAUAUUCAAGGAACGCAGAUAAAAACUGUAUAUCAAGGAACGAUUAAAGAUGUUAAAUCAAAACAAACUCAACCAGAUGAAAUCGACAUUUCUAAUCAGGAUUGCUUUGAUUUAAAUGCUAUCCUUAAUCCAUCCGUGUUGAAAGAGCUAGAACACUUUACUAAUAAAAUAAGAGCGAAAACCAGCCCAUGUAAAGGCGAACAGGAAAACAUGGAGUUGUCACUGGGCACUUUUGCUGAUAAGAACCUCAGAGCUGUCGUUCACAGAGCAGUACGACAAACCUUCCCCUUCCUUCAGACUGUGACCAACCAAUCAGAGAUUCGGGUAAGAGAGGACCAGGAUUUUAAGGAGCUCUCAAAGUUGUCCUCUGAAGGAGAAGCUGAGGAGUUCUUCAGGUUCAUUGAUGCCAAAGCACCUGGUUGUGUGUUCACCUUUUUGCCUGAUCAUAGCAAGGAGCACCGGACUUCAGUUCACCAUUUUGUCAGCUUGCGAUUUGGGAAACUUGUUGAAACCAAGAGCUUUACAGACCAGAAUAAAACCUCCAUUACAGUGAGGCUGAGGGACAAGAGCAAGCAACCCAAGAAGAGAGGGAUAGCAGACUGUCAAGAGGAAGAGGUGUCAUACACAGCUUUCACACUGCAAAAAGAGAACCUGGAGACAUUGGAGGCCAUCAGCUACAUGGCUGUGGUGCUCGGAGUGCUUCCGUCCGAUUUUACCUAUGCAGGAAUCAAAGACAAGAAAGCAGUAACUUACCAGUCCAUGGUGGUGAAAAAGAUCUCUCCAGAACAGUUGUUGGAGAAGGCUGCAGAGUUUGAGAGGAGGGGAAUGAAGAUCUCUCAUAUCCACCCUGUCUGUGAACCCCUCAAGCUUGGUAGACUGCAGGGAAAUCACUUUGAACUUGUUAUACGAGACCUGAAACCUCACAGGAAACAUGAACUUGCAAUGUUAGAAGCGCUUAUACGAGAAGCAGUGGAACAUGUAAAGAACAAUGGUUUCGUGAAUUACUACGGACCCCAGCGAUUUGGCAGCAGAACAUGUGUCCAAGCAGACCAAAUAGGGCUCGCACUUCUGAAGGAGGAAAUGGAAACUUCUGUAAAGCUGUUUUUCACCCCAGAGGAUGGUGACAACCUCCAAAACAAGGCAAAGCAGCAUUUUCUACUGACAGGGUCCGCCAAGGAGAGCUUAGCGUUGAUGCCAGCUUACAAAGCCAGAGAGCGACUCAUGCUCCGCGCGCUCCAUCGGUACGGGACCGGACGUGAAGGAUGCACACGCGGCUGGCUAGGUUUGCCCCAUGCCAUGAGGCUUUUCUACUUGCACUCUUACUGCAGCAGAGUCUGGAACGAAGCAGCCGCGUACCGGCUACAAAAACUGGGCUUCAAGGCUGUCCAGGGAGAUCUGGUGUGGUCUGGAUCUAAAAGAGGGUGCAAGAACACUACAGAAGAUGAACUGAAUGCUCCACAGGUUCAAGUGGUUACUGCUGAAGAGGAGAUGAAUGAUGUUUUCUCAUUAGAACAAGUGAUUCUGACAAUGCCAGGAAAUAAUGUCAAGUACCCGGAAAACCUGCUGGGGAAAUGGUAUGAGGACAGAUUGGCCAAGGAUGGCUUGGGGUCAUGUCGUUUCAGAGUGACUCCUCUUAAACUCAACAUCCCCGGUUGUUAUCGCCCUCUGCUCGCAAAGCCACAGAAAAUCACUUACAGCUUUCGGACCGCAGAGGAAUCACAGACGACAAGGGAAUCACAGAUGAUGGGUCAAUCAGACGAGCCUUGUGCACCCAGUCUUUCAAUAGCGUUUGACUUGGAUGCUUCCUGUUAUGCUACUGUGUGUCUCAGGGAGAUUAUGAAAUAUCAUGUUUCAUAAUUUACAUUGAGGAAAGAUGUUUCAAGACUAAAUAAGGAUAUUUUUGUUACACAUCACAUUUGAUUGAAGGGUUCAGAAAUAACUGCCUCAUGUGCCACUUAAUGACCACUAGAUGGGGGUGAUGAAAAGUAGAGAAGUCGUCGUCGAUAUUCUUCAGUGGAGGCUGUGUUCAACCUAUCAUAAUUGUCAUAAUCUUAUGGUGAGCCGAUUCAAAAGACUUGAGUCUCUGGAAUGAAUCAAAAUACACAAUUUAACGUUAGCAUUGGGCGACUUGGGAUAGGUGAUGUGAUCUUCAGAACCAGUGGUGUGUUAACAUGAAAGUUUGUUUAUUACUAUAAUAAAAUCCAAAUAUAAGAUGUAUGUU